AUGGCAGACACCUGCGCUGAUGUGCUCAUAGGACAGCACCCCGCUGUGGUCCGUGUCUUCGGGAUUUUGUCCGACUCCUCCUUCCAGCCGGUGGGCCUGGAGCUGCUGUCACGCAGAAGCUUCAUUGGGGAAAACCCAGGAACUCCUCAGCGGGUUGAAGGGAAGGUGAGCCUGACUGAGACCCAGCCGUGCAGGGAGGACCUGCUGCCCCCAUCCCCUACAACUGAUUGUCAGCACAAUCUGCAGUUCUGCCAGACCUGGAGGGGACAAACAGCAUCUCACAUCGGAAAUAGAGGGUCUUGUAGGAACCUGCACCCAGAGCCUCUUGAACCAGCAUGGCCAGCCUUCAGGACAACACUCUUCGGAUCGUUCUGGUGGGAAGAACUGGAAGUGGAAAAAGUGCAACAGCAAACAGCAUCCUGGGGGAAAGUAUAUUUGAUUCUAGAAGUAGUGCCAGUGUCUGUUACUAAGAGCUGUCAGAAAGCAUCGAGGGCCUGGAAGGGGAGGAACCUUGUUGUGGUGGACACCCCAGGGCUCUUUGACACCAAGAAGACACUGAUCUUCACCUGUGACGAAAUCAGUAAGUGUGUCCUCCACUCCAGCCCUGGGCCUCACGCCAUCAUCCUGGUCUUACAGCUUGCUCGAGCCACAGAGGAAGAGUACAACACAAUUAAAUUGAUCCAGGCUAUCUUUGGGAAGCGCGCCAUGAAGCACAUGAUGAUCUUGUUCACUUGCAAAGAUCUACUGGACAAAGAUCAGGACGUGAGUAGCUCUGUAGGAGAGGCAGAUGAACGCUUCAAAACCCUUAUUGAGGAGUUUGGGAAUCGCUACUGUGCCUUCAACAACAGAAGUGCAGACGAGGCUGAGAAGGAAGCUCAACUGCAGGAGCUGGUAGAGCUGAUCGAGGCAAUCGUGCAGGAGAAUGGAGGGACUCACUUUUCGGAUCCCAUCUAUGAGUACACAGCGGAAAAGGUAAAACGUCUGGAAGAGGCCUUGGAGAAAAUUCAUGCUGAGCGAUCAGAAAAAGAAAAACUGAUACAAGAGCUAUAUGCCCGGGGAAAAAUAAAGGAGAAAGAAAUGAAUGAACAAAUGAUAUCCCUAAAGGAAAAAUGUGAUAAACAAAGUAAAACUACAAAGGAAGAAGGUGAAAAAAGUAUAAUUGCAGGGAUUUUUAAUUGGAUUAAGAGUUUGCUUGCAUCCUUGUGGUCUGAGCUUUGGAAAUAAUGCAGUUUUUUCUUCUUAAUUUAGUAUGAUUUGUCAAUGUGCCAGAAUAUAUAUUCCAAACUUGGCUGUAGUGAUUUCUUCUAUCGCACCAGUUUUUCUUGACGUCUGAGCUGUUGCACCUUCUGCUGAGUUAUGGGGACUGUUGCCCGCCUUGAAAUUCCAUGACCUCUGUGACUGCUUUCAUGAGUAGUGGCGGGUCUGACUUCUGAAGUUAGACAGGGACUGUGCUGCCUUGCUCUCUGUAGUAGGCACCCUCGGAACAUUGCCCACGUGCUGUGAGGAAGCCCACGUUGCCCAUUGAGAGGGCCCCAGGAAGAGGACUGGAAUCCUGGCCCCAUCCCCUGUGUGCUCUUCCAUCUGCCAGUGGGACCACCUGCCAGCCGUGCAGAUGUGGGCACAGGGUAGUGGGCUCUCCAGCUGCCAGCAGAGCUGCCUCAGGGGAAGCUGCAGACAGCAAAGAUGGGCCAUCCCCACCACAUCACGCCUAGUUUGUAGAUUCAUGA